AUGGCUUCAGCAGAGCUGGCUCAGGAGACAAAAGCGUCUGAGGCGGAGGAUGCAGAAAGGGAGAAAACAUUGGAUUUGCUUGUUCCUGGGCAAGCAUCUCCCCUCAGUAAUGACCAAGAUGACUGCGCAGCAGCCACAGAACUCAAGGCAUAUAUUAGAUCCACAACACCCCUGGAUGGAAGGCCAGGCCAAGAGAUGAUAAAUAGUUCGAGGUCACCCAGUAAUCUUCACUUGGAAUGUCAAUCCUGGUCGCUGGAAAUCAUCAUGCCGCACUGCCUGUAUUCCUGGGUAUCAUCUAGUUCAAACAUUCUGUAAAACGAUGAACUUUUCACCGUUCAUCAUACUACACUUCCGGCAGGUUCAGCUUUUGUGGAUGUCACCUUGAAACUGAAAUUGUCUUUGCUGGCCUUCUCUUGUGACAUAUUCUAUUCUGUUGGAUCCCUUUUCUGUGGCGGCGAAAACUACAGAAUUUCACAUCAGAGCGCAACACGUGUGAGCUGAUAGCUCAUUAUUUCUACACCUUUCCUAACAUCUGAUUGCCAGGUGUGACAGACAGUGGCUGUACUGAGACUGUAAGGGAAAUGCGCUUCCUUCAAGAUCUUGGUUGGCAACCAUUUUGGCACAGCCUUUGCACUUUGUGAAAACUUAACUUCAUUUGCAGUUCUGAGAGGGCAGAAAAUAAUUUUAAAAAUGGAGGAGCAGGAUCCAGCAGAACCCAAAGCCAACGAAAAACUGGCGGCGGAUCACUCGCUCAUCCAUGUCAGGGCCGCCAAAGAUCUUCCAACAGAAACAGGCGCACAGGAAACUGAACAGACACCACGCAAGGUGGCUUCACUAGAAUCUAAGCAGACAACCACCGAGGAGGUUGUGCAAAAAAAUCAACAGGUACCAGACAGGGUGUUCCUGCCGGAGGCUAAUCAGGCACUGGAGGAAAAGACUCAGCAGCAGGAUUUCCAGAAGGCAGCCAAAUCCCGGAGGAAACCUCUGGUGCCCACUCAGUGGGAUAACACUAAAACUUUCCAGACUUCCUUCCAGAGAACAGCUGAUGCCAUCCACUGGCCUAAAGAAGACAGGGCAACUCGAAGUCGGGCAGAUCUCAGUAGAGAAGCUGCAGAAGCCUCCAGUGGCCUGUGCUCCUCCCGCCAAGAAAAGGACGAGCUCUUGGAUAGGGAUGCUGUGAGUAUGGAGCUACGGCGCCGGCAAUUCAGGCAGUUCUGCUACCUGGAGGCUGAGCGCCCCCGAGCUGUUUGCAGCCAGCUCCGAGAGCUUUGCUGUCGAUGGCUGCAGCCUGAGAAACACACCAAAGAGCAGAUCUUGGAGUUCCUGAUCUUAGAGCAGUUCCUGGCCAUACUGCCGCAGGAAAUGCAGAUCUGGGUCAGGAAACGAGGCCCAGAGACCUGUGCCCAAGCGGUGACCCUGGUGGAGAUUUUUGCCUUGAGACUGCAAGAGAAUGAGAGAUGGGACCAGCUGGUGCCAGGCCCAUUGGAAAAGGCGGCAGUUGAUUUUUCCAAGGCCAACCCCUUGAAAAUGCAGCUAUACAUGGUGGCCAUGCAAGAGGGUGAAAGAAUAGCCAGUUUGCUGGCAGGUGAUGUCCAAGAGGCCAGUCUUCAGCUGGAGCGACGGGAGCAAAUGGAUCUCAAACGAGCGUCUCUGGAACAAAGCAAAAGCAAACUGUUCCUGUUUCCCAAGAUGGAAGAAGCGCCUGGAAUUCAGGACAAAGUAAAAGGCUGUGAGAUCCCUAAUAUUGAAAAGGCAUGUGGAAAUCAGCAGCAUCAGGGAAGCCACACAGAACAGGCAGUGGAAAAGAGUUUAAACAAAAGCACUUUGCAAGAAGGGUUUGAGCCAGGUAGGAGGAAAAGGACAGGAACGGACAGUAGGAAAAGCUCUAGUCAGAGUGCUGAACCUCUUAAAAACUUGAAUGUCCAGACUGGGAAAAAGCCAUACAAAUGCUCCUAUUGUGGGAAAAUCUUCAACCAUGCCUCAGCCCACUUGGUGCAUGAGAGGAUCCACACAGGAGAGAAACCAUAUAACUGCUUGGAGUGUGGGCAGAAUUUCAGUCGGAGAUCGCACCUUACCAGACACCACAGAAUCCACACAGGAGAGAAACCACACACCUGCUCCAAAUGCGGGAAGAACUUUAGUCGAAGAUCACACCUUAUUGAGCAUGAGAGAACUCAUACAGGAGAGAAACCAUUUGCAUGCUCCACCUGUGAAAAAAGCUUCAAUUACCGGUCCCUCCUUAAAGAGCAUGCAAGGAUCCACACAGGAGAGAAGCCAUACAAGUGCUCAGACUGUGGGAAAAGCUUCUAUCGGAGAGAGAGCUUUAUCAUCCAUGAGCGGACACACACUGGAGAGAAGCCAUAUGAGUGCCUAGACUGUGGGAAAAGAUUCAGUCAGCGAUCAAACAUUACUGCCCAUGAGAAAACUCACAUAGGAGAGGGAAAAUAUAAGUGUUCAGAGUGUGGGAAAAGCUUCUGCAAUUCCACUGGCCUUCUUAGGCAUCAGAAAAUCCAUACAGAGAAAAAGGUUGCGGAUCCGGUGUUCUACUUUUGGGUGCUCAGUCUCCCGAGGUGGCGAAGAGACACCGCAAACAACUGGGGAAUGUUGCAGUCCGGCUCGGAAAUGGCAGCGGCACAGGAAGGGGUUGAGCCUGCUCUAGCAAUCCUCCGAUCUGGGCCUGAGCAGCUCCUGACGACGAUCCGAGCGACUGCAGAAUGGCUCAUAUUACGAAUGUCUUUCUGUUCCUACAGGUUAGAGAUGGUGAAAGAAGAAGAGCAUCUGAUAAAAGAGGAGCCAAUCUCCCCAGAGGAAGAGAUGGAGGAUUUGGUGCAAGUAGUGAAGAUUCACUCAGAGGAUGGUCCUGAAGAAGCUGAAGAAUCCUUGCCGGAAGAAUAUCAAAUACAUGUUUUCCAGAUUCCGGGGGACAAAGAGCCCUCAGAUAGUGAAGCUGCUCCUGACAGCCAGCAAAUUUACAUCCCAAAAAAGAGACGGUGCAGAGCAGCAUCACGUGCAAGAGCAAAUGUGGAAUCCAGCAAAACAGCAGCUCAGAAUAAAGCUCCAAAGGUAAGGAGGAUCUACAAAUGCCCUGAUUGUGGGAAGAUUUUCAAACGAUGCUCACCUCUUAUCAGACACCGAAGAACCCACACUGGGGAGAAACCUUAUGUAUGCCGGGAGUGUCUGAAACGCUUCAGUGACAGCUCAGCCCUUGUUAAACACCAAAGAAUCCAUGCAGGAGAGAAACCUUACACCUGUCCAGAGUGUGGAAAGAGCUUUUCCCAGAGCUCAACCCUUAUCGCACAUCAGAGAAUACACACUGGAGAGAAACCUUACAAGUGCCCUGACUGUGGGAAGAGCUUCAGUGUGAGCUCCAACCUUGUCGCUCAUCAAAGAAUCCACACAGGAGAGAAGCCUUUUGGCUGUCCUGUCUGUUUGAAAGGCUUUCUGGUCAGCUCUCAUCUUAUCAGACACUUGAGAAUCCACACAGCAGAGAAACCUUAUAUUUGCAGAGAAUGUGGGGAAUGCUUUACUCAGAGCUCCCACCUUGUGGUACAUAAGAGAAUCCACACUGGAGAAAAACCUUACUUGUGUUCAGAGUGUGGGAAGAACUACCGUGGGAUCUCUGAUUUGAUCCAACAUCAGAGAAUCCAUACAGGAGAGAAGCCCUACAAAUGCUCUGAGUGUGGGAAAUGUUUCAGCCAGAGUUCGUGUCUUAAGAAGCACCAGAGAAUCCACACAGGAGAGAAACCCUAUGUGUGCCUUGAAUGUGGGAAGAGGUUCAAUCGGAACUCACAUUUGACUAGGCAUCAAAAAACCCACAUGGGGUAAUUCUGAAGAAUAAUGCUAUACUGGGACUGGAAGCUCAUCUCCAAAAUUCCAACCGCUAUGAGAACUAAAACCAGUUUUCUCAAAUAGUAAGCCAUUCCCCUCCUCUUCCAAAGAGUCCCACCUCUUCACACCUUGUCUGAGACUGGAGAUGCUGCCAUACAGUUUUUAAAUAUUGCUUGGCUUUAGUUAGUUUUUUGUUCUGUGGAGUCUCUGCUUUCUAUUUUGUAACUGGAUUCUAGAAUCUUCCCAUGGAUUAUCUGUAUUUUUUGUUACCAGUAUUAAUAUGUUGUCUUCAGAGAUUUCACCUCCUGAGUUUUCCUAUAAGCUAUAGAUGUUGAGAUUCCCUUGAUGGCCUUUGAUGAAGACAUAUGGUUUCUGAUUGGUUGUUCCCUACCCCUAGAAAGUUGUCAUGGAUGAGAAAAGGCAAUGAGACCUUGACUUGCUGUAACUUAGAACAACCUCUGCUGUGAUGCUAACAUCCUUCCUCUUCUAUUGUGGGAGGGGGAGGAACAUAUACUUAUCCACUACUGGAUGUGUUCUGUGUCUCUGUAGUGCUGUUCUUUACAGCUGGUGGGAGCCUACGUUAUUUAAAAAAACCCACAUCUCUAUGAAUAUACAUAUGUCAGGAUUUGCCAUACUACCAAAUGGCAAAAUUAGCUUUUUUGAUGGUAAGUGACAAGACUUUGACUGCUGUGGUAUAAGUGUGCAGUGGUAGGUUCUGUCUCUGGGCAUAAGGCAUGAUGUCUCUGACCUGGGGGGUAUUCUUAAAUUCCUCCGUAUCGGCCCUUGAUCUGAUAUAGUGUCUCAUGGUACCCCAAGAAACAAGAAAAGGUUCCCAUUAAAGGCAUUUUAGGAUCUUUGGUUUGUCUGAUCCCUAGCAUGCAUUGUGGUCUUACAGUAAUAACAUCAGAGGCUGGAAAUUUCAUAUGUAUCCCUUUUCUUUCUAAUUGUAUUUCAGUAGGAACUUUUGAAAAUUGCAUAGAUUGUGUGGUUUCAGGUCCCUGGUUCAAACACACCUCUGCUAUGAACGUAUUAGGUAACCUUAGGCAAACCACCCCCUCUCAUCCUCUCCCCUUUAUCUGCAAUAUUGAAGGGCGGGCGGGGGGGGGGGGGGGGAAUAACACUGACUUAGCUUGUAGGGUUGUUGCAAGGAUUACAACAGAACAAUAUAUGUGAAGGGCCUUGAACACUCAAACAGCCCAAUCCAGAUGUGGAGGAGCUUUGCAGCGACUGGGAGCAGUGUGGUGAAAGCACUGCCUCCAAAGGAGUUUGGAUGGCACAGGAAGGAGGCAAAACUGAGAAAGCUCCCACUGUCUGAAUAGUCCCCUAGAGAAAAGGACUUUUGCCACACUUUCUAGUGGCAUUUAUCUGUGGCCAGGGAAGAGGGAAGGUUCCCCGGGCUGAAACUGGGUGGAAGCUGGCUAAAGUCGGCUUCUCCCUUGGGAAUGUCCCCUGCCCGCCUCCACUGCCCUGGCAUGCUCUCCUACGCUGGCAGGGGGCCCUUCCAUGUUUGGCCAUCACAGAUCAGUAUGACACCAGCUUGCCAGCAUGUCUGCUUUCUCUCCUGGUGGGGAGUGCAAGCACACCAGCACAAGCCCCCCCCCCCCACUCCCACAACCUGUUUCACACCCCCAUCCCCAUUUGGAUUGGGAUAAAAAAGUAUUAUAUGAAUGCUAAUAUUCAUUACUAUUAUUUGUAUUGGGUGGGGGGAAUGGGGAUUUUGGGUGUGGGAUGAUUUUCUAGUCAUUUGCAUGGGGAAGUUCAAGUGGGCUCCAGAAUGGUUUCAUGUACAUUUUGCUAUUUACCUGUACAAGCGUUGCCACCUUUUAAACUGGGUCUUCUCCAGCUAUCCGUGUAAUAUCAGCGUGAACUGCAAUAACCAGUGAUAUUAUUUAACUUCCUGGCAUGAAAAGCUUCCGCUGCCCAUUUCCACACGGGGAGCCUCUAUUAAAAGGACAGAAAAUUUCUCUCCUGGCCAGUUAGCCACUCUUAAUCUUUGCAACCUUCUAAACUUAAGCAGUAGACAUAACUGUAGGAUAAGGAAUAGGAGAUUAAGAAUCCCAUCCAAAGGGUGGGGUGAAUCCACUCGUGGGAGUGGUGGCAUGGCCACACCAGUGGAUUUGACCUUUGGGGGGCACUUAUCCUGGCAGGGGGUUGAAACCACUGCCGUGCGGCUGUCACCACCCUCCCUGGUGGUGGCAGUUUACCUGCGCCUCCUACUGCUACCGGCUUAGUGGGGGGCAGGCUAGGUUGGAGGAGCCAACCUUAGUCAGCUCCCUCCUAGCCAUCUGGCGCUUUACGAUGGCAGAGCCGAAUCGAUACUUACACAACCCUUUGAGUGGCAUAAGUGUAUUGUGCAUUAUGGGGACUUCUUGGCAGUGGGGAGGCAGUCACACUUGUAUAGCCUCCCCGCACCGCCGGGAAACCCCUUUGGCGAUGGCGGGGCAGCUGUCUGGAGCUGUGGGUGGGGCUGUGAGGUUGCAAUACUAAGGCCACUUUCCUGGGAGUAAGCCCCAAUGAGAGGAUCUGCUUCAAACUGCCCCCCUGCAGGAAUAAGCAAGGUUCUGGUUUAAAUCUCAGGUCUGCUGUGAGCUCAUCGUAGCCCCUCCCAUUCAGCCACCAGCUCUGCAAUCUGGGGACAUGAAUAUUAAGCUACCAUAUAGAGUCCUUUGUUAAGUAUAACAGAAAGAAAAUGUGUGUGAACUGCUUUAAAUACUGUACAGAAUAAAAUAAAUAUUCAAAGGGU